GGUAUUUUACCUUUAAACUGGUUUUCCAUCUGCCAAUACUCGUUAGAAGAAGACGACACAGUCCUUUCAAACAAAAAUGUCUGCGGUCAUGCCGGAGCUGUUGACGAGUACACACGUGGAGAAAAUGAAGAAGAAAAAGCCUCCAAAACGCUAUUGGGAGGAAACAGAAAACACAGACCAAAGCCAAAGGAGACCAGAGGAAGAAGAAGGCAAAGCUGGGCAGAACCAGAAUGAAUCAACAGUAAAAGAAAGGCCAUUAAAAAGGAAGAAUGAUGAACGUUUGGAGAAAAAGGACCCUUUUCCUGGUGAGGCUCCUAUACCACAUAAGCAACUCCAGAAGUUUCAGAGAGGAGAGAAAUGCAAAGUGCCUGCAGGAGCCCGUCGAAGGCUGAAAGAAGCCAUUACAUCCUCUGAGGCCAUGUCUGAACACGCUCAGAAACAGGCUGCAAGAUAUGAUCUUUUACUUCCAGAGGAUGCUGGCUUCCUGGAAGGAGAUGAGGAUGAAGACACAAACACCAUCUCUCAAGAUGACAUAGCAGAUGCAGUUGACAUCACUUCUGGGUCAAAGUACUUCAGCUUGCAUCUUUCCCAGUUUGGCCCAUAUAGGCUUGACUACAGCAGAACUGGACGGCAUCUACUAGUGGGUGGAAAGAAAGGUCAUGUGGCCUGCAUCGACUGGCAAACCAAAGACCUCAUGUGUGAGAUGAAUGUCAUGGAAACAGUGAAUGAUGUCAAGUGGCUUCAUACAGAGGCCAUGUUUGCUGUGGCACAGAAGAGAUGGCUCUAUAUCUAUGACUCUAAAGGUGUGGAGCUCCACUGUGUGAAGAAGUUCAAUGACGUCUUAAGAAUGCAGUUUCUGCCCUACCACUUCCUACUCGCCACAGCGAGUGCCACAGGGUUUCUGCAAUAUCUGGAUGUAUCUGUUGGUAAAGAGGUCGCAGCCAUCUGCACAAAAAUGGGACGGCUAGACGUGAUGGCACAGAAUCCCCAUAAUGCAGUAAUUCACCUGGGCCACCCAAAUGGCACGAUUAGUUUGUGGUCGCCCAACCAGAAAGAGCCACUUGUAAAGAUGUUGUGUCAUCGGGGUGCUGUUCGUUCCUUAACAGUGGAUAAAACUGGCACGUACAUGGUGACGUCAGGUCUGGACAGGAAGCUAAAGGUGUAUGAUAUCAGAGCUUUUAAACCUCUUCACUCCUGUUUCCUCCCUGCUGGAGCCUCUUGCUUAUCUCUAAGCCAGAGAGGACUACUCAGUGCUGCUACUGGAGAUAUUGUACAGGUUUAUCAGAACAUUUUGGGAAGCAGUCCUGUAUCCAAACCCUACAUGGCUCACCGCCUUCGAGGGCAAAUUUGGGGUCUUGCGUACUGCCCCUUUGAAGAUGUUCUGGGAAUUGGACAUGGAGAGGGCUUCACCAGCAUGAUUGUACCAGGUGCAGGGGAACCCAAUUUUGAUGCUCUUGAUACAAACCCGUUCCGCAGCUAUGAACAGAGACAGGAGUGGGAGGUCAAGGCUCUGCUAGAGAAGGUGCAGCCUGAGCUGAUUGGUUUGCACCCAGAACAGCUGAGUAAAGUAGACCAGGCCAGCUUUGAGCAGAGGCACAAGGAACAAGUUGAAGCAUUGGGCUUUGAUCCAUUGGCAAAAGUCAAAUUUAAACCAAAGACAAAGAAGAAAGGAAGAAGCUCGGCUGGUGCCAUAGAGAAAAGAAAGAGAAAAGUCGCCCAUGAGGAUCAGAGGGACGAAAUUCGGCAAUCCGUACAAGAACGAACAGAAAGAGAGAAAGAGCUGAAAGAGAAGUCCAACGAAAAGAAGUUGGGAAAUAAGUCAACACUUGACCGUUUUAGAAAGUGAAGAUCCCUGACUGCUGUGAACCCAUCCUAGAGGACUAAUUCAAAGCAGAAGAGACUGUUCAUGCAUGCUAAUCUGUUGCAAAUGUAAGAUUGCUGUUGUACAAGACAUUUUUUUUCAAAACCUCUGGAUGUCAUUUCCUUGUUCCUUGAAAGCUUUUAGCUUGUUUAAUAAAAUACGUAUAGAAACGGAAAAAAAA